UUUUUUUUUUCUGUGUAUUUUCUGUCUUUGACUUGGGACACACUCUCUCACGCAAAACCAGAAAAAGAACCUUCAAUAAUAGCACUCUCGGAGGUGACCUUGAUAACCUUUUCUCCCUCCGCCAGCUCCUCCUCGGCAUGGGCGUUUCCCGCCUCCGCCUCCGCCACCACAUCUUAGUUGCCUUCACCUUUCUCUUAUUUGCUUCCACUCUUUCUCAACUCGAAAGUGAGUUCCAGGUGAGAGAAGGGAGCAAGAAGAGAACUGGGUCAGUGGUGUUGAGCCGGUUCUUAUCCCAAAAACAACUCAGUGGGCCGGGUUCUUCACCACCUUCUUGUAGAUCCAACUGUGGGAGCUGCUCGCCUUGUCAACCGGUUCACGUCCCGAUUCAACCAGGUUUAGUUAUGAAGCCACUCGAGUACUACCCCGAAGCUUGGCGUUGCAAGUGUGGCAACAAGAUUUUCAUGCCCUAAAAAAUCAAAAGCAAAAAUAGUACACUGAAAUCCAAGACUUUUGCUCAAACCAAAAAAAAUAAUAAAUAAAAAAAAAUUAUGAAAGUAUAAUAAUGUUAGUAUUGCUAUUUUAGUAAGUUUUUUACAGUGUUGGUUGCUUUCUAUCUAUGUUUAUAUAAUGAAUUUGCAUCUUCCUGUGAAAGACAGUAAAAGCUUUGGAAAUGUAAGUUAUUUUAUAAUGUGA